AUGGCUCAGCCCGGUGUCCAGUCAUUGAAGUGCGUGGUGACUGGUGAUGGUGCUGUUGGAAAGACCUGUCUACUCAUUUCCUACACCACAAAUGCCUUCCCCGGCGAAUACAUCCCCACUGUCUUCGACAACUACUCGGCGAGUGUUAUGGUAGAUGGCAAGCCUAUUAGCCUUGGCCUCUGGGAUACUGCUGGUCAGGAGGAUUACGACAGACUGCGACCUCUCUCAUACCCCCAGACCGAUGUCUUCCUCAUCUGCUUCUCCAUCGUCAGCCCUCCUUCAUUCGACAACGUGAAGGCCAAGUGGUAUCCCGAGAUUGAUCAUCAUGCGCCUAACAUUCCCAUCAUCCUUGUCGGAACCAAGCUUGAUCUUCGUGAAGACGCCUCCACCCUCGAAUCACUUCGACAGAAGCGUAUGGAGCCUGUGUCGUACGAGCAGGCGUUGACCUGCGCCAAGGAGAUCAAGGCCUACAAGUACCUCGAGUGUUCUGCCCUCACUCAAAGGAACCUCAAGAGCGUUUUUGACGAGGCCAUCCGAGCUGUUCUUAACCCUCGACCCACACCUUCGAAGCAAAAGAAGAACAAGUGCUCCAUUCUGUAG